GGGGAGAGGAGUGGGAGGGAGGAGGGGUACGCGUCCCAGGUCCCUACCAGGUGCCCGUAGACGUCGGCAGGCUGGAGGUAGAAGGUGGAGUUGAGCAGCUCCUCCAGCCUGCGCGGAACGUCGUUCUCCCGGUAGUACUCCAUCGCCUGCUGCUUCAGCUUCUGCAGCUCCCUAGUGGUCCCACAGCCGCGGCCGCCGCCUUCUUCCCCCAUGAUGGAGAGUGUCGGCGUGUACGGAUUCUGUGGGUGUAAAGCGAAGAACAAAUUGAAGUGUGAUUCAAAGUGGGAAGUAACUGCUGCAGAAACAGCCCCCACAUCUGCAUACUCAUCUCCAGCCCGGAGUCUUGGAGACACAGGAAUAACGCCUCUCUCUCCAUCCCAUAUUGUGAAUGAUGCCAACUCCAACGUCUCAGAACAGCAGACUUUUCUUGUGGUGGUGGCGAUCGACUUUGGAACCACAUCCAGCGGCUAUGCCUAUAGCUUCACCAAAGAGCCAGAAUGCAUCCAUGUGAUGAGGCGAUGGGAGGGAGGUGAUCCUGGUGUGUCCAACCAGAAGACCCCGACCACUAUCCUGCUGACCCCCGAGAAGAAGUUCCACAGCUUUGGGUACGCCGCCAGGGACUUCUACCAUGACCUGGAUCCCAAUGAGGCCAAGCAGUGGCUGUACCUGGAGAAGUUCAAGAUGAAGCUGCACACUACAGGGGACCUCACCAUGGAUACAGACCUGACGGCAGCCAACGGCAAGAAAGUCAAAGCCCUUGAAAUCUUUGCCUAUGCCUUGCAGUACUUUAAGGAGCAGGCACUGAAGGAACUGAGUGACCAGGCGGGUUCAGACUUUGAGAACUCCGAUGUCAGAUGGGUCAUCACCGUGCCAGCCAUCUGGAAACAGCCAGCCAAGCAGUUCAUGAGACAAGCUGCCUACCAGGCGGGCCUGGCCUCCCCGGAGAACUCGGAGCAGCUCAUCAUUGCCCUGGAGCCCGAGGCAGCCUCCAUCUACUGCCGAAAGCUGAGGCUGCACCAGAUGGUCGAGCUGAGCAGCAAGGCGGUGUUCAAUGGGUACAGCGCCAGUGACACAGUAGGAGCGGGGUUUGCACAGGCUAAGGAACACAUCCGGCGUAAUCGACAGAGUCGGACCUUUUUGGUGGAGAAUGUCAUAGGAGAAAUCUGGUCCGAGCUGGAGGAAGGUGACAAGUAUGUGGUCGUGGACAGUGGUGGAGGCACCGUGGACCUGACAGUCCAUCAGAUACGGUUACCAGAAGGACACCUGAAGGAACUGUACAAAGCGACAGGUGGCCCCUACGGCUCCUUGGGAGUAGACUACGAAUUUGAAAAGCUUCUGUGUAAAAUCUUUGGAGAGGAUUUUAUCGAGCAAUUCAAAAUCAAGCGCCCAGCAGCCUGGGUUGACUUAAUGAUCGCGUUUGAGUCUCGCAAAAGAGCGGCAGCCCCUGACAGGAGCAACCCACUGAACAUCACCCUGCCGUUCUCCUUCAUCGAUUACUACAAGAAGUUCCGUGGGCACAGUGUGGAGCAUGCCUUGAGGAAGAGCAACGUGGAUUUUGUGAAGUGGUCCUCCCAGGGGAUGCUGAGAAUGAGUCCCGAUGCCAUGAAUGCCCUUUUUAAGCCAACCAUUGACAGCAUCAUCGAGCACCUUCGGGACCUGUUCCAGAAGCCCGAGGUAUCCACAGUGAAGUUCCUCUUCCUGGUGGGCGGCUUUGCUGAGGCACCUCUCCUGCAGCAGGCUGUGCAUACUGCCUUUGGCGACAAGUGCCGGAUCAUCAUUCCCCAAGACGUGGGCCUCACCAUCCUCAAGGGAGCCGUCCUCUUCGGCCUGGACCCGGCUGUGAUCAAGGUGCGCCGGUCCCCGCUCACCUAUGGGGUAGGUGUGCUGAACCGGUACGUGGAGGGGAAGCACCCCCCCGAAAAGCUGCUGGUGAAGGACGGCACUCGCUGGUGCACUGAUGUCUUCGACAAGUUCAUCUCUGCCGACCAAUCUGUGGCCCUGGGUGAGCUUGUCAAGCGGAGCUAUACCCCGGCUAAGCCCUCCCAGCUGGUCAUUGUCAUCAACAUCUACAGCUCUGAGCAUGACAAUGUCAGUUUCAUCACCGACCCAGGGGUGAAGAAGUGCGGCACACUUCGCUUGGAUCUCACGGGGACCAGUGGCACAGCGGUGCCCACCCGGAGGGAAAUCCAGACCCUCAUGCAAUUUGGGGACACCGAGAUCAAGGCCACAGCUGUCGACAUAGCCACCUCAAAGAGUGUCAGAGUGGGGAUUGACUUCUUAAAUUACUAGCCAUUUCUCCUGCCCCUGCCACCUUGGACUGAGCCCCUUGUGUCUGCUCACCUCAUCCUGACUGUUCUCCCUGGACCUGACCCUUGCCAUUGCCCACCUGAAUUUCAGCAGGAAAGAUGGAAAGAACCAGAACAAGAAAUAACUACAGAUUUUUUUGAGGGCACACUGGAGUCAGAAAAAUAGUCAGAAAUUAAGAUUGAGGUGUGGGACCCGGAAAUUCAAGGAUCCUAGAAGAUCAGCUAGUCUUGCUAAGUAGCAGAGUGGUGAACCAGCUACCUGAAAGGGAACCAGUACUUUUCUGAAGCAGUGGUCAAGCUGUGCUUUGAAUCAUCUCAGUUAAGUAGAAUUUAGGAUGUCCCCUUGCCAUCUUUCCAGAUUUGAAAUGAGAUUUUUGAACCAGAAGAAACUCAACAUCUGAGAUCCUUUUGCAUUUGGAUAGUAAUCAGUAUAAAAUGCCACCCGUGUGCAGUUCAUCUCUCCCCAUCAUCACAGGAUUAAAGUGGUGGUUCAGUGGGAGCGUGCAGUGGUUUUAGCUGGUGGGAGAACACUGCCUACACUGGGCAGUAUUUUCAGUUUUCAUAUAAUAUAAAUCCCAAGCAGGUUUGGUGCCGAAGCCAUGGUGAAGCCCCUAGGCUUUGGGGGACAAGCAGUGGUAAUACCUUAUCUUUUUAGAAGGUAAAAUUUUGAUGCAAUUGAAAUAGAUUUUUAAAGAGCUGCCUUAUCCCAAAUUACAGCUGACCCCUUUUGUCUGUGGAGACACGUGCCAAGAUCCCCAGCCCAAAGCCAGAAAUAGUAUGGAACCCUAUGCUUUCUGCGUUUUGUCCUAUACUUAUAUACCUGUGUGAAAGUACAGUUCACAAAUUAGCCCUACCAAGAGAUGAAUGACAGUAUCUACUAAUAAAAAUAGGACAAUUAUAAAGGUAUAUAGUAAUAAAAUUUAAAUUCUUUCUCUUAAAAUAUCUUAUUGGCUUGUCCUGUAUUUUUGGACCAUGGUUGACAGUGGGUAAUUAAAACCACAGAGAGCAAAACCAUGCCUAAGGAAGAAAUUAUUGCCUAUGUGGUAAUAUAAUUUGUGAUACUUAAUGCCAAAUUCUGGUUUUGAUAAUUCUAGUUAGUCUGCAGGGAUUGAGCAUGAGAAAUUGAGCUUGCUGUUUGUCUUGUUCGGAUCACUUUGUCCCAAAGUCUAGAAUAGCCCCUUGCCUAGAAAAACAUACUGAUUUUAGAUUAGUCCCCUCCCCUGCUCCUUCUCUUCCUGCUCAGAGUUUUGGCCGUUCCUUCCCACACUGUGACAGGAAUGUGUUGGUGAAAUAGGAAAGAAGGAUCUGUUCCUUGAACUGCUUCAUUAGACCUUUGUUUUCAAA